AUGUUCACUCGCAACACGACAUUUCCCUUGCAAAGUUUUGACUGGCCUUCUGAACCUCGUAAUAUCACCAUUCAAGCCUCAAAUUCGAGUGAGCCUGCGAGUCCGACUUCAGCUUCGCAAAGCGAUGAGACCGUGAUUGGGACCCCGACAUCUCCACUGCCAUUUACAUCAGGACCGUGGGAUGAAACCAAAGACCCAUCUAAAGACUUGAAUAAGCCACUGCCAGGAUGGCCACUUGUGUCUAAAUUGAUUGCGCAGUACCCAGAUCUCGAAGCGUUCAAGGCCUUCCGGGACCUUAACAUUAAAAGUCUACUCUAUUAUCAAGCAGAACUAGAGAACCUACGCAAGAAGCUGCACCAAGCAGAAUAUAAUGAACAUCGCCAGGGUGAACAAGAGGGCAUAACGAAAGCUUCGAUGAUGGCGAUGAAUUUAGACUACUAUCUACUACAUGCUCGAAUGGACGGUAGUAAGUGCAAGUCUAAGCAAGUGAAGAUUAUGAAGCAGAUUAGAGUCGUCUUGAAAGAAUACAAUGAUGCGUUACUACAAUACUCCAAGCUUACAGCAUUACCGAGAGCAGACCCAUACAAUGUGGAAACCCUAAGAGUCUGGCUCAAGAGAGUGGGGAAACAUUGCAUCAGUGGGGAUGCGGCAUGUAUAUGGGGUGACUACACAGAAAAUGUAGGCGAAGCAAAGCCUUUGAGAUGGCAGUUUGUCAGUCUUAUGCGCAGUAUCUUUUGGCCGCCGGCCACUAUACCUGACAAUCUUGAUCUUAUUGUACCUCGGCAGGGUCAUACAGUUGACGGUCUAACUACGUGGAUUGCUAAUGAAUUUGUUCCAUUUUGGCACAGUAUCAAACAAACAUUACGUCGCCGGAAGGUGAAGACUGUCUCUGAAGAAAACGGGCUGCCCACUACUGAAGAUAAGAGACAUUCAUUUUUGGAAAAAAGAGAAACCUCAAGAGGCCCCCGCUUUUGGUUUUAUCGCAGGAAAUCUAUCUUUAGUACAGCAGAAGGAGACCCAAAGCCAAAGGAUAUGACAGGGCUUACUGUUUACUCUGAAGCACGCAUGUUAUGUUUUACCUCAGCUAUCGCCACGGUCAUUGCGUGCCUGUUACCCACCGUUGCCAUCGCAGUGCUCUCAAGUCUUGAUUCUACGAAAGAGCUACUUGGAGUUAUUGCGGCUUUUACAGCAAUAUUCGCUAUGGGACUUAUGUUUUUGACUGAUGCCAGUACAUCAAGGGUUGAGAUAUUCACCGCUACCGCUGCGUUCUCCGCCGUCAUGGUAGUAUUUGUACAAAAUCAAGAUGUCUAUAUUGGCGCCUCCCAAAACAGUCCUGGAACUCAAAUGACGAACAAAACGAAUUCAACGAAUUGA